AAAUUAAUAAUUUUGAGUAUUUCAAUGGUAUGGAUUUUCUUAAACCUUAUAUCGCUCACCGAGAAACAGACAGUUCCUGUAAGCUAGUGAGAACCAAAAAUAAUGAUAAUGAUGCUGUUGACACUGAUACUUCUGAUGACGACGACGAUGGUAAUGAUUAUGAUGCAAUAGAAGACGAUAAUGGUGAUUAUGAUGAUACAGAUUUAAAAAACAGAAGCAAUGUCUUAUUGAAUCAAGAUAAAAACCACAAAUUUCCAAAUGCUGCUGAUUAUCACAAUUCAGGACCAAUUGAUGGUGACACAGUUCGGGAGAAAGAAAAUGAAACUUUGAUUGCUGAAACAAGAACGAAAGAUUAUUUAGCCAUGAUCAAAGACUUAUGGGACCAAGUUCCCAAGCUCAAGAGGAGAAGAUGCUUUGAGAAUAUAAUGAACAUCAUUUACGAAAAGAAAAAAAAAUAAAUUUUCGGGGUAACUUUUUUCACAGUUGCUUUCAAUGUUCUUAUCCUGCUUUCAUUCAAAUUAUUCCUUUAAUCAAAAAAUUACUCAUUUAAUAAUUUUUGUUUACUGUAAAAGAAAUU